AUGAAGGAUUUUGCAGCAGGACUAUUCGCUGGUGUAAUUAGUACAUUAGUUUCACAUCCAAUCGAUACACUUAAAGUGACUAUGCAAUAUCAUUCAACGCAUAGUAUUCCUGGAGCUGUGAAAUCAAUUAUUCAAUUGAAUUCUAUUCAAGGCUUUUAUCGUGGUGUCGCACCACAUUUAUUAACACAAUGUGCAUCUCAAACGGCAUUUUAUGGUUCUUAUGCAAGCUGUCUUCGUAUGUUGGGUUGUAAUCGAGAUAAUCGUGCGUCAAUAACAUUAUUUGACAAUUUCGUUGCUGGUUGCUUCGGUGGACUCGUUCAAUCAUUUCCUUCAAGUGUUUUAGAGUUACUCAAGAUUCGUCUUCAGACAACAACUCACCAACAGGAAGCAAAUUUUUAUCAAGUACUUCGACAUGUGCUUCAAACUGAAGGUAUUCGAGGUCUUUCUCGUGGUUUACAUGCAACUAUUUGGCGAGAUACACCUACAUACGGCAUUUACAUGAUGAUUUACGAUCCACUACGAGACUAUUUACACGAACUACUCAGUAGUGAAUUUCUCGGUGGAUUCAUCUCAGGUGGUACCGUUGGAGUGAUCAGUUGGACAUUGGCCUGUCCGGUUGAUAUAUGUAAAAGUAAACAACAAGCUGGCUAUACAAAUAAGAACUUAGGACAAUGUCUCGUGGAAAUCUAUCGAAUAGAAAAUGGUAUACACGCGUUUUAUUGCGGCUGGACAGCAAUAGCUACACGUGCAUUUCUUUUAAACGCUGUUUCACUUUUUGUUUGGGAUCAUAGUCGGCGUUGGUUUGGUUAG